AUGAAGUGCGACGCGCAACUUUCGCCCGCCUCCAUCCCCCCCACCUACUAUGCACCCUACAACUCAUCGCUAGCCGCUUCGGCCUCCACCUCGACCUCCUCGGUCUGGUCCGACACGGCCUCUCAAUCCUCCGACGACACUUCUGUUUCCGCCCACUCUUCCGACUCCGAUUCCUGUGAAUCUUACUGCUUCUCAAAGCAGGCGAGCUCUACCGACAAUGCCCUCAAGUUCCGCCGCCACGCUCAGAAGGCGCAGGUCGAGGCUGUCCCCGCAGAGCUGCGUCAAAACCCGCGACGAACCUCAACUGGCCCUCACGCCCGGGCUGCAUGCCCUCCCACCCUGGUCCGACAGUCCGAUCGCAAGGUCAACUUCGUUGAUAGCCUUGUUGAUUCGUCGACCCAGAUUGUGGAAGCCAUCUGGCCCCUCUCUUCGGUUGUUUGCCGAAGCGAGUUAGGAAGCAAGGCCGUCUUGCCGCUGCGUACCUUUAUCCAAGAGACGCUGCGUCGCUCGCGCACUAGCUACUCGACCCUCCAGGUCGCUCUGUAUUACUUGAUUCUCAUCAAGCCCCAUGUUCCCACGCAUAACUUUACUACUGAGCAGCCCGACGAUCGCCAUGCUGAUCGCGCUCUUCAGUGCGGCCGUCGCAUGUUCCUCGCGGCCCUGAUCCUGGCUUCCAAGUAUCUCCAGGACCGAAACUACUCUGCUCGCGCUUGGAGCAAGAUCUCUGGACUCAACACCCAGGAAAUCAACCAGAACGAGAUUGCCUUCUUGCUUGCUGUCAACUGGAAGCUUCAUAUUGCCGACGAGGUCUUCCAGCGAUGGACUGACAUCGUCCUAAAGUAUACGCCUCCUCCGAGCCCCCCUUCCCCCGGCGGUAUCUCCCAGACUGUGGCCCAACAGGUUGCGGACUGGAAACAAAUUAUCCUGGGCCUCAACACCGAGCUGACGAACCUCACGGACCUCAUCCCUGCUACCCAUCUUAGCUCCCGUGCCAGUGAUCUGUGUGCGCUGUCGCCUCGCAGCAUCCUCAACCUUCCCCAGGAAUCCCGAUCCGGACCUGGAUAUGACUCGGCCGAGCUCCCCACCACCGCUAUGGAAUCUGCUACCUCUGGUGUCUACACUCCUGGGCGGCUAGUUUCUGCCAUGAGCAUGCUGCCAACGCCCCGGCUCACUCCCCAAACCAGUGGGUUCUGCACUCCUGCCGUGAGUGCCGCCUCCCAAAUUCUGGUUAAGAACUCAGCCAUGGGCCUGGCUUUGGCUCAAGCCACCAACGCCAAUGCUUCGCACUACCUGGAUCGCCUUCCGGUGUCCAUCACCUCGUCGCCGCAGAGCUACUGCCCUGUCCGUCGAUCCUCUCUCGCCAACUCAGUCUCGACUGCGUCCUCUCCCGAAUCGAUGAUUUCGGACUCAUCGCGCUCCUCGCGCUCUUCCUCUAUCUCAUCUGCUUCGUCUCUCUCUAGCGCGACCCUCAGCCACAAGCUGGGCAUGCCGUCGCGAUUCCGAGGUGCGAAGCUGUGUAACGAGAGAUUGAGCCAGAAGCCGACGAUCCCUUCGGUUCCCGAGGAUUACGACGAGCACUGUUUUACGUCCUCUCCUGAGUCUUACACCGGCCCGGUCGGUAAGCUCGGGGACUUGUCUUUGGAGACUCCAUUGGCAAGGCGCGAGCAGGAACUUGACGACGUGUCUCGUGACCCUGCGUCGGAUGCUGCCCGAGCUCUUCAGGAGCUGCAGAACUACCGUGCAUCCGCCGAGGUUCCUGUAAAGACGGGUAUCAAGCGAAGCCGCACCGCUUCCAUGGACAACUCCCUCCAAGAGAAUGUUCGUGAGAUGCUCAGUGGCCGUUACUAUAGCUCAGAGCGCUCCACUUGGCCCGUUUCUUUGGUCCGCUCGCGAGGUGUUGCCUCUGAUCCGAAUCUCCAAGUCCCUGUCCGACCCAGUUUCCCUGGAACCGGAAAGCGUGUUUGCUGCUCUGCCGAGGCAGCUCAAGGCUACGAAGUUUCGUCUGUCCACCCUGCCAUUGGUAUUCGGGGACCAGGAAUGUGGGAAGGCAUCCUGAACUGA